CCCGGGCAAAGCCGAGGUUAUAAAACAAAAAUUGAAGACCAUUUGUUCCAUUUUUCUGUUCGAAAUCUCCAUAAGCCUAAGCCAAGUACUAAUACUCUAAUACUAAUACUAUUUUCUGCUCGGAUCCUGUCCCUUAUACACAAACUGAUAAUUUUGUUUAAUCUUGGUUAGUCUGCUUAAUUCGCUGUAAUUGAAAAAAAAGAAGGAUGACAGAAAUGGAUGAACCUCUGGAUUUUGAAUUUGAAGAACUCACACAUGUUAGCCCUACUAUUACCAAGAAAAAGAAAAAGGUAAUCGACUUAGAUGAUCUUCUGAAUGAUUUUUACCAAGUGAAGAGUGACACACCUAAGAAGGAACCUAAACGUGCAAAGAUCCAGAAGUCCUAUGAUUCAGAUGAUGAUGGGGAUACAAGAGAAGCAGAGCUUCAUAACUAUGUUGACAAAUGCCAACAACAGAUGAAUGAAAUAAGUACUGAUGAUCAGAUGCCAUUAUGGGGUCUUCGAGUUUUUGGAGACCAGAAAACUAUGCCCCUGCUGACUUUUCCCGAGCUUAGGAGUUGUGUCCUUUUGCAGACCUUCAUGGGGCAUGAAGUUAAUUCCUUGUUUGAACUCAAACCAGAAGAAGGAGAAGCAUUUCUGGAGGGAUUGCUUGUGCAUGGUUGGCUUUUGAAAUUGGUCAAAAAUCAUUGUCUAGUUGAAAAGUCCAUAGCAACAUGGACUUUUAGUCUCAUGUUAUAUUCACCAAAAGAAGAGUUGAGGGAAGCAGCAUGUGAAUUUUGGUGUUCUCUUCUUUUACCUGAAAAUCAGGUUGAUGAUGUAACAUUUGAGAUGGAAUGGUUGCCGAACCAUUCAGAACUGAGGCGAGCACUUGAAGUAUAUGGCUUUCUGUUGGAUUCCCCUUCCAAAUCUUUAUCUAGCAUGGAAAUUGUCGAUGGAGAUUCUGAUUCUGCUGGACCGCCUCAAAAUAUCAAAUCCUGGAUAAAGUAUGUUUCCGUUUGUUGCCAAGCAAGGACUACAUGUUCAAUUUUCUCAACUUCGGAGGUAGAAGAUCUGAUUACUUCAGUGAUCUAUCUCUUUUUAGACCGGCAACUUCUUGGCCUAUCUUCAGCGUUGAAUGAUUGCUUGCGCUCCCUUAUUAGCUUCUUUAGUGAUGAUGCUUUUCAUUCGAGCUGUCAGAAAAUAGCAAAAUCCGUCACCUGCAGAGUUCCUACUGAUGUCAACUGCUUGAGAUCUGUGGAGAUUGUAACCGGAGGGAAUCCUCGUACUAAGCAUCUAAGGAGUGUGCUGGCUUUUCAGUUUCUUGUAGCAUGUUUUGAUAACAAGCUACAUGACGAAGAACAGAUCUUGAGAUCUCUAAUCUCUAUCAAUCUGAAGGAUAAGAAUUGUGAUCUUCUAAAGAUGCAUAUUCACUUGGUUCUGGUAGAGAACUGGCUGUUUUGCAACCCCUUGCUAAAAGAUAAACCAAUUAUCAGUGAGAUGUGGGGUGCAUGCCUUAGAAACUGUUCCUGUCAAAUCACCAGCACAGAUUUGAGGUCUUAUGCUUCUAAGGUUCGUAGUAAAGCAUCAUAUCUUCUUCAAGGCAGCACCACAAGAUGAGUCAUAAAGGAUUACUUUGUGGUUUUGUGAUGGAACCGGAAGAUUCAUUCUAGCUUCUAAAGAAAGUUGACGUUGCUGAUAAUGUUUCUCAUGAAGUGGCCAACUUCUACUGACAAUAUUUGGUAAGAAUAGCAGUUUUUGCUAAGAUCAAUCGAUCUGCCUGUUUUUUGUCAUUCUGGCCCCUACUAAAUGGAACAUGCGCUCAUAUGCAGCUUUGCACUGUACAGUAAUACAUUUUCUUACCUUUUUUUCGAGGGAAUACUGAAACAGAUGUAGUUUAGUGAUGCUCUCCUUUGUCAUCUGGUAUUUUUCUCUGGUGCUUGUUUAUCAUGCAUGAAAAAAUUAUUUAAAUCCAUUC